GGCUUUACGGAAUUCAAGCCAAAGGAAUCAAAUGGGUAGUGUGAAAAGUUGGUCAUUAUAUUCAUUUUGCCAUCUCAAUCCUAAAUCAUUAUUUAAUAAUAAAAUAAGAAGAAAAAAGAAAAAGAAAAAGAAAAAGAAGAAGAUUCAUUACCUGAUACGUUUAAAAGUAAAUAAAUAAAAAAAUGAAAUCUUGUUCUCCAUAAAGCCUUUGUAUAAGUGCUGACGCGGGAACCAGUUUCUCAUUAAAAUAAAACUAAAAAAGCAAUAUUUUUUGUAUGUCUUAGGAUCGUGCCGGCACAACCCAUUUGUUUCUGUUUCUCAUUCUCAUUCUCAUUCUGUGUUUGUUUUGUUAUGAAAUUAGUAAAAAAAGAAAGAAAAAGAAUUCUCCUUUUGUUUUGAUUGAGAUGUCAGAUAUGGUAUGGUGUUGAGACUGAGAAAUUAAUGGCUUCGGCUUCAAGGUCAUCAAUGGCAACAACUUCUUCUUCAUCUUCUUCUUCCACAGCAGGAGCAGGAGGAGGGCAUAAUGGUAAUAAUGGCAGGUCUGAGAAACAUCAACAAGUUUCUUCUUCUAACAGAGGACAGACCCAUUUCUCCAAUCGUCCUAAAGCUCCUUCUUCUAGACGCUCUGUCACUCCUAAUUCCAGAAUUCGUUCUACCCACGACUCUGAACAAGAUUCUGAAAGAGUGAGAGUUGCUAUCAGACUUAGGCCAAAAAAUGCUGAGGAUCUACUUCAAGAUUCUGAUUUUGUUGAUUACGUUGAGUUGCAGCCAGAGCUGAAGAGACUGAAGUUGAGAAAAAACAACUGGAGCUCGGAAUCUUAUAGAUUUGAUGAGGUUUUUACAGACACUGCCUCCCAAAAGCGAGUUUACGACGCGGUUGCCAAGCCUGUAGUUGAGAGUGUCUUGAAUGGAUAUAAUGGAACAGUUAUGGCUUACGGUCAAACAGGUACUGGUAAAACUUACACACUCAGCAGGUUGGGUAAAGAUGAUACGUCUGAGCGUGGUAUAAUGGCCAGAGCUCUGGAGGACAUACUUUCUUGUACAUCUCCUGGUUUUGAUAGUGUGGAAAUUUCCUAUUUGCAGUUGUACUUGGAAUCUAUUCAUGAUCUACUCGCACCAGAAAAGAUUAAUAUUCCCGUUUAUGAGGAUCCUAAGACUGGUGAGGUGUCAUUGCCGGGUGCUUCAGUAGUCAAAGUUCAAAACCUCGAUCACUUUUUACAGCUAUUACAUAUAGGUGAGGCAAAUCGCCAUGCAGCUAAUACUAAGCUGAAUACUGAGUCUUCACGUAGUCAUGCAAUCCUCAUGGUUACCGUUCGAAGACCUGUCGAUGAAAAUGGUAAAGAUGGCCUCACUUCACAAGAGAAGGUCUCUAAUUCUAGUAGCAAUGGCGUACCUCUAGUUCGAAAAAGCAAGUUGCUGAUUGUUGAUCUAGCGGGAUCUGAAAGAGUAGAUAAAUCUGGCAGCGAAGGUCACAUGUUAGAGGAGGCUAAAUUCAUAAAUUCUUCACUAACUUCUCUUGGAAAAUGCAUCAAUGCCUUGGCUGAAAACAGUCCACAUAUACCUUUCAGAGAUUCGAAGCUGACAAGACUGCUUCGUGAUUCAUUUGGAGGCUCUGCAAGGACUUCACUGAUAAUAACAAUUGGGCCUUCAGCACGACAUAACGUGGAGACAACUAGUACGAUUAUGUUUGGACAACGGGCAAUUAAAAUAAUAAAUACAGUAAAACUCAAGGAAGAAUUUGAUUAUGAAAGCUUAUGUCGGAAGCUUGAAAGCCAAGUAGACCUUCUUACAGCUGAAGUUGAAAGGCAGCAGAAGGUGAGAGAAGAUGACAGAAAUGAAUUAGAAAAAGAGCUCAGAGAGUGUCGAGACUCUUCUGAUGAAGCCAGAAAGAAUCUAAUUACAAGGUCCGAGUUUUUGGAGAAGGAAAAUACUCGUCUAGAGUUGGAAGUGAAAGAUACUCUAAAUGAAUUGAAUCGUCAACAUGAUCAGAAUGAGUUGAUGCGUGAUAAGGUUGCUGAGCUAGAAACUAGUUUGAAACACACCAAGCAAAACCUGCUGGAAAGUUCUACAUACCAGAAAGUACUGGUCGACACCACUCAGAUGUAUGAGAAAAAAAUUGCAGAGUUGACAAAGCAGUUAAAAGAUGAACAUGCUCGUGCUGAAAUUGCCGAAGAACAUUUAGAUGCAAUAAAGAAGCUCCUGAGUGAUAGUCAAAACACAAUUCAGAAGCUUGAGAUGGAGAAUUCAAGAUACCAGAAAGAAAUGGCAGAUACUACUCAGACCUAUGAGAAAAGAAUAUCAGACCUAAGCAGACAAUUGAAGGAUGAACACACCCAUUCUGAAGGUCUAAAGGAACAACUAGAUUCAGCUAGGAAGCUCAUUAGUGAUCAUCAGAGUUCUAUGCAAAUGCAGGGACAAAAAGAGAUCAAGGAGCUUCAAGUGAAGUUACAAGAAAUGUAUCAGUUACACGAACAAGCUCUAGAUGAACUUCAAUUUUUGAAAACUGAGUAUAAGGGUCUAUUGGAAAACAAGGCAAAAACAACCGAGGAACUUGUAACUGUGAAGCAAAGACUUCUAGUUGAAGAGGAGCAGAGGAAAACAGUAGAAAAUGAGUUGGACAAUUUAAAGAAGGCUGUCCCUGAAAACGACAUGUUUUUUGAGGAUAAGGAGUUACAUGUGAAAGAAAACUCAGGCAGAGUAUCUUCCACAUUUGGGAGUCCAACAAGGUUGGAAAAGCCGAAUUCCCUAAGGGAAACACUUUCUGGUCAGAGAGCUACAAUUGCAAAGAUAUGUGAAGAAGUUGGACUUCAAAAGAUAUUACAACUUUUGACAUCAGAAGAUUCAGAUGUCCAAAUUCAUGCUGUUAAGGUGGUAGCCAAUCUUGCUGCUGAAGAUAUUAAUCAAGAAAAAAUCGUUGAGGAAGGGGGUUUGGAUGCUUUGCUUACGAUGUUACGAUCAUCACAAAAUCCAACUAUUCUUAGAGUGGCUUCAGGGGCGAUCGCCAAUUUGGCCAUGAACGAGAUGAGUCAAGGCUUAAUUAUCAGCAAAGGUGGAGCUCAGCUGUUAACCACUAUAGCAUCCAAGUCAAAUGAUCCACAAACUCUUCGAAUGGUUGCUGGUGCACUUGCCAAUUUAUGUGGAAAUGAACAUUUACACGCAAUACUACAGGAAGAUGGAGGUAUUAAAGCACUCAUGGGCAUGGUUAGGUGCGGAAGCAGCGAUGUGAUAGCGCAAAUUGCUCGAGGACUGGCCAACUUUGCAAAAUGCGAAACUCGUGGAGUAGUUCAAGGUUAUAGGAAAGGUCGUUCUCUCUUGGUGGAAGAUGGAGUCCUUUCUUGGUUAAUUGCCAAUUCAAACACUAACUCAACUUCAACCAAACGACAUAUCGAGCUUUCUCUCUGUCAUUUAGCACAAAACGAUGACAAUACUAGGGAGUUCAUAUCCAGUGGAGGGGUGAAAGAGCUUGUUCGAAUAUCAACUGAAUCUAGCAAAGAAGACAUCCGUAACCUGGCCAAGAAGACAUUGAGAAUGAAUACAGCAUUUCAAGCUGAGAUGCAAACGAAAAAGCAAUAGGGUGUACAAAAACACAUGCUUUGUAGCCAUCUGUUUUAAUAUUAUAUACAAAGGCAAUCAGGUAAAUGAGAUGAGUCCACUGCGUGAUCAUUUAAGUUGUAAAAAAGAAACAACCAACGGAACUAAAUUAAACUCCAGUUCAUACUU